GCAAAUGCCCGGGGUGCGUGAAGCACGGGCUCCAGCGCCAGCUCCCAGCCUGCAGCCGCUCUGGAUCUCAGCCUUCAGGCUCCAUGCCAGGCAGACCCAGCCUGCAAAGCACGCUGGCGUGCACCUCCUGGCUGGUCUGCCUAGCCUUCAGUCAGCCAUACACCAAAAAUACACUGCCAGACAUUGAAGAUGUCAUCAAAGACUGUGUUCAUGUUCACAACAAAUUCCGCUCAGAGGUCAGCCCACCAGCCAAGGAUAUGCAGUACAUGACAUGGGAUCCACAACUAGCCCAAAUUUCAAAAAGAUGGGCAAGAAACUGUCAGUUUCAACAUAACCCAAGGUUAGGCCAACAUCUGCACCCAAAUUUUACUGCUCUGGGAGAAAACAUCUGGACAGGGACUGUCUCCAACUUUUCUGUGUCAUCAGCCAUCACAAGCUGGUACAAUGAAGUAAAAGACUAUGACUUCAAGACUCGGAGAUGUCGCAGUGUCUGUGGCCAUUACACUCAGGUUGUCUGGGCAGAUAGUUUCAAAGUUGGCUGUGCAGUACAAUAUUGUCCUACAGUUACUAUUCGCUCAAAGCAGAUUAACAAUGCAGCACAUUUUAUAUGCAACUAUGGACCUGCAGGAAAUUAUCCAACUUGGCCUUAUAAGAAAGGGUCUACUUGUAGUGCCUGCCACAAAAAUGACAUGUGUUUGGACAAUCUCUGUGCCAACCCCCAGCGAGAUAAAGUUUCACGUUACUACUCUCUUAAGUUUCCGGACUGGCCGAUAUAUUCACGGAACAGAUACACAUCUCUAUUUCUCAUCAUUAAUCCACCAAUUAUAAUACUGAGUGUUAUAAUUACCAUUUUUGUGAAGCACAAAUACCCUCAUUUAACUCUUUUGGGCUAAUAAAUCCAGAAAAAAGAACGUCAUUCCUGUGGAAAUUUUCUGUACUUAUAAAAGUGCUCUAUUUCAACAUCUCAGAAGGAAAAAAAAAAAUGUUACCACAAAUCCUGAAAGAAACUUCACAGAAUGAACUCUACUUUUCACUUCUUUCUUUCUUUUAUGGGCUCCACCCAGUAGUACUCGGAGCUAACCUUUGGCUCUGUGCUCUGUGUUCACACCUGGCAGGGCUCUGGGGAACGUAUGAUGUGCUGGGGAUCAAAUGCAGGUUGGCUGCAUUGAAGGCAGGCGACCUACUUUCUACUUUUCUAUCAGUCUGCCACAGCUGGGACCCCACUAAAUAACCUAGUCUCUACUUGAAACUUGUCAAACCAGUAUACUCGACAUAGGUGAUUCUACACGCCACUGGCAGCCCUGUGGAACUGUGUUACACAACUUGCUGCAUUCCACAUCCCCUGUCUUGUCUCCCCUGCUCUCCUGGCAACAUGAUUUCUUUCUUUUGGGUUACCUUUCCCCAGACUCGGAAUAGAAGCAAUUAAGGGACUUACGAGAACUUGUUUUGUUUUUGCUUACAGAGUAUAUAAUCUUAGAACAAAAUACUGAGAU